GGGUUCAGUCAGCUGACAUCGCCGUGCGCCGGGGCCGAGGGUCGCCGGACGUUCCGGCCGCUUUGCUGCCCGCUGGCUGCUGUCAUGCUGCGGCUGCUGCUCCCGCUGGCCGGCCUGGCGGAGCUCCUCCGGGCGGCGGCUUCAUUGACCCAAGGCAUCCCUUCAUAACCACAUUAUUGCCCGCUGGAGACUCCUACAGAACAGAACGGACAGGAAGCAAAGAUGAUCUCCUUCAAGCAACUGCCCCUUGAAGCAAAGGCUGCAGUGGCUGCAGGAGUGGUUUUCUUCUCCACGACGUUAUCACGGAGCUAUCUGGCAGAACGACUGGAGCUCAGGACACGGCGUUGGCUUAUGAGGCUGCAGAUGGCGCUGUUCGUUAACACGCUCAUGUUGAUAGGAUCUCUUCAUGUUUGGAAAAGCACAGUCACCACAUUUUCCAGGUCUUCAGCUGCCAGCUCCUUCUUUUUCAUGACAUGGAAAAUAGCUGUGUUCCUGUUUCUAGCUUUGAGUCACUCAAGUUUCUUUACGUUGCUAUUUCUUGUUGCAGAAGAGCCCUAUUUCUUUUCAUUAGCUGCCUACACUUGCCUGGGGGCCUAUAUUCUUCUUAUCUUCUUCCUCUUUGCUCUAGGCUCAGUAGAACAGGCUUAUAAAUUCUUUGCUGGGAGAGGCGCAAAGCCAAGCAGCAGCGGUAAGAGCAGCAAAACAGCCAUGAAGCCAGUUUUGGCAGUCAUGCUGACUGCUGUACUGACUGUCAUUGGGCUGUUAAAUGCUUCCCAGCCUCCUACUGUGAAUAGAGUGGAGAUUCCAGUUCACAAGCUGCCCUCGACAAUGAACAACUUAAAAGUGGUGUUGCUUUCAGAUAUCCAUCUGGGGCCUACGGUUGGGAAGACCAAGCUUGCCAUGAUCGUGCAAAUGGUUAAGGCUUUGAAACCAGAUAUCACGGUGAUUGUUGGGGACCUGACUGACUCUGAGGCAGAGAUCAUACGGCCUGCAGUUGAGCCUCUUGGAGAGCUUAAUUCCCCUUUGGGAACGUACUUUGUCACGGGAAACCAUGAAUACUACACAUCAGAUGUUAGCAACUGGUUUGAGCUGUUAAAAUCUCUUAACAUUCGGCCACUCCAUAAUGAGAAUGUGAAGAUUGUUUCACCGGAGAGCACUGAUGACUGGUUCUGCCUGGCUGGUGUUGAUGAUAUUGAGGCAGAUGUAUUGCGUUACUCAGGGCAUGGCAUGGAUUUAAAAAAAGCUCUCAGAGGUUGUAGCAGCGAGCGUGCAAUAGUGCUGCUAGCUCAUCAGCCAAUGGCUGCAAAGCGGGCCCUUCAGGAAAGACCAGAAAUAAAUUUAAUUCUCUCUGGUCAUACUCACGGAGGGCAGAUGUUCCCACUAAAUGCUGGGGCUUAUUUUCUGAAUCCCUUCUUUGUUGGCUUGUACAAAGUUGGGCAGAACACCUUUGUCUACGUCAGCCCAGGGACGAUGUACUUUGGAAUACCCAUGAGGUUGGGCAGCAGAGCUGAAAUAACAGAGAUAAUUCUACAUUCUCCUUGAGGAGUUUCCCAUUUUGCAGAUUUUUUCCAUCCUUUUUAGUCAGUACAUUGGCUUUUCUGCUCUGAAAGAAAAUGCUUUUUCAGGAGAGCGAUAGAAAUGUAUUAGGAUGGACAUAAGCAGAUUCUGUUGAGUCUGAGGAGAAAACACUGUAUCUUAGGUCUAUGAAACAAAUCAGAGGGUGUGUAAAAAUAGUGAAGAAGUUCCUUGUUUGAGUUCAUUAUUAUUGACAUUGUGCAUUUAAAGAUAACACGGUCACAGAGAUAAUGCAUGUUCUGUGCAUGUUUAUUGUGUGUCCUGCAGCUACUUCAUGAUUCACUGUUGAUUAUGCGUUAGGCAGUUGCCUUAUCAAAUCUCAGACUGGUGAAAUUUUGAUCUCUUGCAGUGAAACAACACGUGCAUGUUUUGCAGAAGGGCCAUAGAAUGUCUUCUGAAUAUCUAAAUUCCAGAAGUCUUAUGCUAACAAAAGUUAUGGGAAAGGAACAAUUUCAUUUUGAUUUGAUUAUUUUUAUCCCACUUCGUCUGUAGCAUGCAGCGGGUCUAUCAGUCUGUACUGCUUACCAGUGCAGGGAGGUGUCAACAUCAUUUUUGGAAAUUUAGGUUUUCUUCCACUUGAGAAAUUGAGGGAAACUGAUAUUUAAGAUGGAAUUACCUGUCUUUCUGUAGCCAUUUUUCCUAGAAUAAUUGGGCAUUUAGUAAUUACUUUCUGAAAGCAGCUGUAAUAAAAGCAAAUGAAAAAUAAUCUCUUAAUUGGCAUCAUUUCUGUUGCUGUCUGAGCGUUCACUACUUCCUGUUGUAAAGCACAGAGUCAAAAAAAGCUAAGGUAUUCAGUCUCUUUUUUUCUUCCUUGUUCAGUAUUUUUUUUUGUUUAUACUUAAUUUAUCUUCUGUGAUUUUUCUUCUACGAGGGUAAGGGGAUGUGAUUUGAAAACUGCAGAUAAGAUUCAGUGAGUUAAAGCUUGAACUUUGUGUAAGGUUUUAAUAUUUCAAGUAAGUGGUGUCUCCUUUAAGAAGACUAAAUGCUGCUGCAGGUGGUUUCUUUUAGUAGCAUUUGCAUAUCAGUGGCCUGGUUGCAUAGCAUAGCAUAUGCAUAUGCAUAGGUGCAUAGCAGAAUAAUCAACUGCUACAGAGUAAUGAGGGAUUUUAUCUCCAUCUUUCCUAGAUGAGCUUAACGCAAACUAAUAUCACUCCGGGGAAUAUGAGACAUCAGAAAAUCUUAAUAAAAACAUUCUUGUUUUCAUAGCUCGUACAAGGAAGGUAGGAUGCAAAUGAAUGUGUGUAUAUUAAGAAUGAUGAACCAGUUUUUUUUCUGUACAACUUCCUCUCCUCCCCUUCCUCCUCAGUGCAGCCGUGUGAAACACCACAAGCAGCAGUGACCCUGGGGUCUCCAGCUGUAGUCACAGGGCCACACUUGCUCUGCUCUCUGAUACCUGGCUUCCUCUUGGCAGACCUGUGUGCCAUGGGUCAAAAGCGUUCAUUGCUGAGGGUGGCAGGACCAGAACUGUGGUUUUCAGUAUUUUCCUGUCUUCCUGCGUGAUCUUGAGCCAGAAACAUUUCUGUUUUACUCUUCAGCAGUUGUUUUCAUUUUGCAGGAGGUGUGUCUGAGGUAUAUUUGAAGAGUGUCAUAGGCUUUGUAAACGUGGGAAGUUCUGUCUGUGAAAUUUUGAAGUCUCACUUCAUCCGUUCCCUUGAGACCUCGAAUAGAAGAGUUUCUAACUACUGAGCUGUUCUUGUAUCCCCUUCCUCCCUAUGAAGGUCUUGCAUUUUUACUCACAGGAAUGUGAGAAACACUGUUAAGGGCACACUAGCAAAUAUAUGGAGCACUGGAAGAUUGGUGGAAAAGCUGGGGGAGUCGGUCCUCUUUUAGUCUGAAAGCAGAAUGCCCGAGCUGCUGGGCUCUUCUACUUGUUGGACUAGAUCCUUCUGUUUCCCAGCAUCUAUAACUUUAUAAUUUUUUUUCUUAGGCAACAAUAUCUGCUUAAGUUUUCAGAAGCUUUCACAUGUGUUUAAUACUUUCCCUUGCCCAUGCACUCACUGUUCUUUUGGGAUUCUUUCCCAUCAGUGACUUUCUGUAAAGCGGUCUUGAGUAGAGAGAAUCUUGAUAGCUUGUAACCUUUGUCUGCUUAUCUAAAUGCCUUCAUUUGAAAGCUGUGCUCUGGACUUAGUAAGGUGGAUUGUUCCCUCCAGGCCAGUAUUAGACCAAUAGUCCUGGUGUAUAGAUUUUUCAUUUAAGAGUUACUGUGUUAAGAAGGCUAAUUGCUAGUUUCCUUAUCAGGAGGCUUUUGUAGGACUGGCUUUAGGUGGUGUUAUUCUCCCAGUGAGUUACGAGUCUGAUUCCCCGCACCCCCAAAUUUUUAUUUCUGUCCAAAUGUGUGCGGAAACCUGACUGCACUAGUCCUGCUGCCACCAGGAUGCACAGCUAACUUUUGCAUUACUUUGUGUGUACGUGCUUUUCUGUGUAUCCUCGGUAGCAGAUAUGGUUAUAUUAUCAUUUCAUAAGUGUAUUGAGUUCUGUCAGUGUAAUUUAGUUCUUGUUUGGUUUUCUUUAAUUGCUUCUGAAAGUUUGGUUUCUUGAUAUUAGUACCACUUAAAAUGUUUAUUUCUGUGCCGAAAACACUUAAAAGCCUUCUAUUCUUUUUGUCUUUUAUUUUUAAUUACAUAUGGGAAGUAUCCUAGAUCAGUCUUUUUGAUAGCAUGGGGAAUUAACCCUUUCUAAUAUCUCUCAAAGACAGAAAUCCCUAAUUGCCCUUCAAAGAUUUUUCUAUGCAUGUUCCAAUUUGACUUGGGUGUGUGUGGUUUAGACCUGUGUUCAGUAUUUCAGAUGGGGAAAAAAAAAAAAAACAACUUUGCUGCUUACUUUGUAUUUUUUAAAUUAUUUUGUAAUUUUUUUUGUGUACGUGGAAUGUAUUUGAUUUGUUGAACUUAACUAAAUGAAUAUGUAUUUCAUCUUACAGAAGGCCAGUUCACUGGGGGCAUUUGAUGGGGGCAGAGUUAAUCACUGCCAGAAUAUACCAGAAUGAUAUUUAUUACAGUAUAUAAUCAAUGGAGAGUGGAUUUGGAAACAUGUAAAUUGUUGUAUAAUAAAUGCUUUAAAUGUUGAAAUUUAAUAAAACUUUAUUUACUUAGCAAGAA